AUGCCGUUGAGCGGCUCUUCUUGCGGGUGCUGCUCUAGGGUCAGAGUCGGAGCACGUCGCUCUUGGUGGUUUUUAUGGGUGAGGCACUUUGGACUAUUCAAGGACCUAAAGGGGGUCAGGAGGGGGUGGCUGGAUCGCCACAGGCAGCUUCCUGAGGGCGUCCCUUGGGUGCGCGCGCAGAGCCUCAGGCCGCCUGUGGAGCGUCCAGGUGUUCAGUCGAGGCUUCUUCGAGGGUCGGCCGUUCCCAUCUUGGCUGAGGAGCGUUUCCACACAGGUCCUCACAGCAAUGCUGGACAGCAGCACAAUGGGGCUGCAGAAGCACUCCUGGAUAUCGGCGAGAGGAGGCACUUCCUGAGAAGAGGGGAGACACCCCAGCAACGCACCUGGGACUCUUACCUGAAGGGAGGCUACCCGAGAUUUGGGCCUCUGGGGGUGGAGCUGAGGAAGAACCUGGCUGCUCAGUGGUGGGAGACCAUUGUUCUGUUUAGGGAACAAGUGUUUGCAGUUGAUGCUCCAGUACACGACUCUUCAAAGGCUGUUGAGACACCACUAGGGGAGUGCCUAAGAGUGGUGCCCACAAAAACCCUUUUGGAAAUGUUGAAGAAUGAGUGCUUGAGCAAGCAGGAACUGUUGGCCUCUCUGGAGAAGAUGCUGAAGGCAUCUGGGAUGUUGAGGGACAGCCUUCUUCAUGAUGCCUUAGAGCAAUAUGUUGAUUGCCUGGAAUUGGUAAACAAGAGGCUGCCUUUUGGAGUUGCUCAGAUUGGUGUAUGUUUCCACCCAGUUAAAAAUAAUGAAGAAAACAAUCAUGCGAGAACAGGGGAAAGGACAACAGCCUCCCUCGUGUGGUACAGCUCUGCCAGAACUGCAGGACAGUGGCUUGAUUACUGGUUACGUCAGCGCCUUCAGUGGUGGAGAAAGUUUGCAAUAAGCCCAUCCAACUUCAGCAGCAGUGACUAUCACGGUGAAGAAGGCCGAAAAGGAAGUAAUAUUUAUUACAGCUUUCCUUGGGGAAAAGAACUGAUAGAAACUUUGCUGAAUUUAGGAGAUACUGAACUGCUGCAAAUGUAUCCUGGAAAAGCAUCUCAGCUGCAUGGUCGAGAUGGCAGGAAGAAUGCUGUUCCUCAUAUCCUGUCUGUGAGUGGCAAUCUAGACUGUGGAGUGCUAGCCUAUCUCUAUGACUGUAUGCAGCUGACUGAAAAUGCAUUACCAAGAAAGAAGGCUUUCCAGAGAAAGGUGCUUAAGCUUCACCCAUGUUUAACACCAAUCAAAGUUGCGUUGGAUGUGGGAAGAGGUCCAACCACAGAACUGAGGCAGGUGUGUCAGGGAUUGUUCAAUGAACUCUUAGAAAAUGGGAUUUCUGUUUGGCCUGGAUAUCUUGAAACAAUGCAGUCAUCACUGGAACAGCUGUAUUCAAAGUAUGAUGAAAUGAGUGUCCUCUUCACAAUCCUGGUCAAUGAUGCUACACUCGAGAAUGGUGUGAUCCAGCUGAGAAGCAGGGACACCACAAUGAAAGAAAUGAUGCAUAUAUCUAGAUUAAAGGACUUUUUAACCAAGUACAUUUCAGCAGCCAAAAAUGUGUGAGUUAAAAUAAAAAUAAUUAUGUA